AUGGUGGCGGCGCCGCCCGCCGCCGCCGCGGCCAUGCGCCGGGGCUUCCUGGUGCCCGAGAUCCGCCCGCUGGACCAGUACGACGGGGCGCGGGCGCGGAGCGCCGCCAGCCUCGCCUGGGCCAUCGCCACCGGCUACGGCGGCGCGGGCAACGUGCCCGAGGAGCUCCGCGACCCCUUCUACACGGACCAGUACGAGCAGGAGCACAUCAAGCCGCCCGUCACCCGGCUCCUGGUGGCCUCCGACAUCUACUGCCGGGCCUGGCGUCACGCGCUGGGGCCCCCCGAGCCCCCCGGCGCCGCCCCCGCCGACAACGGGGCCCUGCUGGCGCUGCUGGCCCGCCGCGGCGUGCCCCCCACCUUCCAGGACGCCCCCGUGCGCGAGGCCGACCUCCAGCACAAGCCCAUCAAGAUGGGCGCCCACCUGGCCCUCAUCGACUCGCUCAUGGUGGCCUUCGUGGCCGAGGCCACGCGGGCGCUGGGCACCCCGCCGGGCGCUGGGCACCCCGCCGCCGCCGCCUGGGAGCCCAAGAUCCUCGGCUGGGUGGACACGGUGAACCGCAAGCUGCAGGAGAGCGCCGAGCGCGCGGCCCACCCACGCGCCCACCCGCCCGCCGCGGCUCUGACGCCUCUUCUCUGUCUCGCUCCGCUUCAGUGUCCCACCAGGUGGUACUGGAAGCUGGUUCCUCACGCCAUCGCCUUUUGUUUGAAGGAAUCGGGGAAUAAACCUCCGGUGAUCCGGUACCGCAAGGACAAGGUGCCCCCCAAGCAGACGCCCUGUUUCCCCCCCGGGGCCAUGAAGGACCUGGCCAGCGGGGGGGCCAUCGCCGCCACCAUCCACUACUACUGCCCCGACGCCCUGCGGCUCGAGGACGUGUGCCUCAAGGAGACCAUGUCGGUGGCCGAGAGCCUGCACAACCUGCAGCUCGUGCGCGACUUCUGCAGCCGCCACCUGGGCACGAGCUGCCCGCUGGCCCUCGAGGACCUGCUCUACAUGCCGCCCGCCCUCAAGAUCAACGUGGGGGUCUUCCUCGCCGAGCUCUUCCUCUGCUUCGAGGUGCUGCGACCGGCCUUCGUGCGCCCCAAGGACCUGGGGGGGCUGCAAGAGUCACCGGGUGCCAGCGACACCCUGACCCCCAACAGCAGCAGCUCCCCUGUGUUCAGCUUGCGGCACCCGCUGCUGCCGGGGGGGCAGCCCCCCACGUCGCUGCGAGGAGUCCCGGGCACCCUGCACCCCUCGCCCUCCCUGUCGCACGUCGAGGGGGCUUUCGGCAAGGCCUGGAGCAAGAAGCCGCUGAGCCACCCGCUCUCGCAGGCCGUCUCCUUCAGCAUCCCGUUCGGGCUCGACAGCGACGUCGACAUCGUCAUGGGCAACCCCGUGGGCGCCGGCUUGGCCCGCUCGGCCAGCACCGACAGCCUGGCGCCGGCCGCCCGCAGCCGCCGCCGGGGCCCCGCCGCGCCGCCGGUGCCGCCCGCCGCCGCCGCGCCGUCCUCCUCCUCCUCCUCGCCCGAGCUGCCCACCAUCGAGGAAGCCCUGCAGAUCAUCCACAGCGCCGAGCGCCCUCCCGACGGCGCCCCGGACGCCUUCUACCUCCACUCGCCCGAGCCGGCAGCCCCGAGGGCGCCGCCGGCGCCGAACCGCCCCGCCGUGAAGAUGACCAGCUUCGCCGAGCUCAAGAAGAAGCAGCUGGAGGAAGCCGCCGGCGCGACGCCCGAACCGCGCGGCCCCAACCUCGGCGGCGGCGGCGGCGGCGGCCCGGCGCUCGCCUCCGAGAUGAGCCAGCUCGGCGCCCGGCUGGAGGAGAAGCGGCGCGCCAUCGAGGCGCAGAAGAAGCGCAUCGAGGCCAUCUUCGCCAAGCACCGCCAGCGCCUCGGCAAGAGCGCCUUCCUGCAGCUCAAGCGCCCCGAGUCCCGGCGCCUGGAGGAAGCCGCCGGGGAGGAGGAGGACGAGGAGGAGGAGGAGGAAGAGCAGCAGCGGCGGCAGGAGGAAGAGGAGGGCGGCGGCGGGAGGAAGCAGGUCACCUUCUCGCCGGAGGUGGCCGCGAGCGGCGGCCCGGCGGCGCCCGAGCUCGGCGGUUACGCCGAGGCCGUGGCCAAGCUCAACGCGGCGCUCGGCACCCUGCAGCUCGACGUGCAGCGCUUGAGCCGCCAGCAGCGGCAGCUGCUGCUGCAGGAGCGCCGACCCGCCGGCACCGGCACCGCCGGCACCGCCGGCACCGCCAGCACCGGCGGUCAAGCCUGGCACAUCCCGGCGCCCGCCGUCACCCGCGCCGGCCCGCCCCGCGCCCCGGCCUCGCCGUCGCCCUCCCGCAAGGCGCCGCCCCGCUCGCCACAGCCCGCCCCGCGCAAGGCGCCCGCUGCCGCCGGCACCGGCUCCGGCACCGGCUCCGGCACCGGCGCCGCGCCGCCGCGCAGCCCCCGGCGCCCGGCCGAGCUGCGCCUGCCGCCCCUGACGCGGGUGCUGACGCCGCCCCACGACGUCGACACCCUGCCCCACCUGCGCAAGUUCUCGCCCAGCCAGGUGCCCGUCCAGACCCGCUCCUCCAUCCACUUCUCCGACGGGGAGGAGGAAGGGGACGAAGCCGAGGAGAAGGGCGAGGCGGAGAUGGCGCGCAGGCGGGCCGGCCUGCUCGAGCGGCAGCAGCGGCGCGGCGACGAGGCCCGCCGGCGGCGGCAGUGGCUCGAGGCCGAGCGCCAGAGGAGGCGGGAGGAGGAGGAGGAGGAGGAGGAGGAGGAGGAGGCCGAGGCCAG